UUCCAGAAUGCUUGGUGGGUGGUGGAGGAGCCGCGUCUGCCUGAACCGCACUGUGCUACGCUCCUCUCUCCGCUCUCCAGCACUGGCCCGCUCACCGGCUGUAAGCCAUGGUGAAAGAAACCACGUACUAUGAUGUUUUGGAGGUCAAACCCAAUGCCACCCAGGAAGAAUUGAAAAAGGCAUAUAGAAAAUUGGCUCUGAAGUACCACCCUGAGAAGAAUCCAAAUGAAGGAGAAAAGUUUAAACAGAUUUCUCAAGCUUACGAAGUUCUUGCUGAUUCCAAAAAAAGGGAAUUAUAUGACAAAGGAGGGCAGGCGAUUAAAGAGGGUGGAGCAGGUGGUGGUUUUGGCUCGCCCAUGGACAUCUUCGAUAUGUUCUUUGGAGGAGGAGGAAGGAUGCAAAGAGACAGGAGAGGUAAACAUGUUGUUCAUCAGCGCUCAGUGACCCCAGAAGACUUGUAUAACGGUGCAACAAGAAAACCUGCUCUGCAAAAGAAUGGGAUUUGUGACAAAUGUGAAGGCCGAGGUGGUAAGAAAGGAGCAGUAGGCUGCCCCAACUGCCGGGGGACUGGCAUGCAAAGACGGAUCCACCAGAUCGGACCAGGAACGGUUCAGCAGAUCCAGUCAGUGUGCAUGGAGUGCCAGGGUCACGGAGAACGCAUCAGCCCUAGAGACAGAUGUAAGAGCUGCAAUGGAAGGAAAAUAGUUCGUGAGAAGAAGCUUUUAGAAGUUCACAUUGAUAAAGGCAUGAAAGACGGUCAGAAGAUAACAUUCCACGGUGAAGAAGACCAAGAGCCAGGACUGGAGCUGGGAGACAUUAUCAUUGUCUCAGACCAGAAGGACCAUGCUGUUUUCACACGACAAGGAGGAGACCUUUUCAUGUGUAUGGGCAAACAGCUGGCGGAAGCACGGUGUGGCUUCCAAAAGCCAAUAUCCACUCUUGACAACCGAACCAUAGUCAUCACCUCUCAUCCCUGUCAGAUUGUCAAGCAUGGAGAUACAAAGCGUGUGCUAAAUGAAGGCAUGCCAAUGUACCACCAGCCACAUGAGAAAGCACGUCUAAUCACUGAGGUUAAGGUAAACUUCCCUGAAAAUGGCCUUUUCUCUCCUGAUAAACUCUCUUUGCUGGAAAAACUUCUUCCUGAAAGGAAAGAAGUAGAAGAGACUGAUGAAAUGGAUCAGGUAGAGCUGGUGGACUUUGAUCCAAAUCAGGAAAGACGGCGUCAUUAUAAUGGAGAAGCCUACGAGGAUGAUGACCAUCACCCUAGAGGUGGCGUUCAGUGUCAGACCUCUGAGCCUACCAGCAGUUGA